CAGCGGACUAUCGACUUCCCCACUGAAUCUUCGACGAAUGGAACUUAUUAACUCAACAUGUAAUUGAAGCUCUAUCCGUCGACGAUUUCAAAAAGAGAGUUGAGUCAACUGAGAGAUCAUAAUUGUCAGGGCUGACACAGGUCACCUUGCCUUCAAUCCUUACCAAACAGAAACUGAAAUGUUCUUGAUUCCUUUGUCAUUUUAGCGGGUAGAUUGGUUAGUUGCGUUGUUGCGUUGCGUGCACCUAUGUGCAAGUAUUUCCUAGCUUAUUAUGUAUUUUGUUUCGCCAUCUCUGUGUCUCCAUUACUAUCAGAAGAAGGCACCAAAUACAGCCUUUUUAUCGAGGAACGUGCGGUUCUUGAUAAGUUGAAUGAUGCUGGAGUUAAUGUAUUUUCAAAGUCUGGUCAGAAGUUCUCCUGUUCAUGGGGUACAGACAGUGGUGCAGAACCUAAUAACGCCACUUCACAAUUGUCUAGCAGCGUCGUACAUUCACUGCUGUCCAUGUUUAGUGGGUUUGAUUGUCUAAGAGUGAAAAAAGGUUGGUGGACAUACGAGUUUUGUUUCCGAAAGUAUGUUGUUCAGUAUCACGAUGGAUCUAAGGAAACAUCUAAAACUUUACUCGGGAUUUUUGAGUCGGAUUUCGACUGGGACAAUUCUACAGAGAAACCCAAAUACCAUAGCCAGUUUUAUUCAAAUGGAAGUAUAUGUGACUUGACAAAUAUGCCUCGGCUAGUAGAAGUGCAGUUUGUCUGUACUGAUUCACGAACGUUUCAUAUUUUAUCAGUUGAAGAACCUGAAUCCUGUAUCUAUCUGUUAAAAAUAUCAACUCCAAGUUUAUGCGGAAAUUCACAUUUCGCCGCUCAGUUCUCAACCAAGCCACAUGGUAUUACUUGUCACCCAACUCUCAGCGGACCAGAUUACUAUCGCUAUGAUGCUCUAAAUAAAGCAAGAAAUCCAGUUCUUCAGUCGUCCGUAUCUAAUAUGAGUUUGCCUUCGAAGCGUCUAUUAACCUACAAAAAUAUGUAUGAUAAAAUUCAUAACAACCGACGCAGGCGCAAAUUAAAAUCUCUCAAGCGCUCGACGGGAAAGUUCCUUAGAUCUUUGAAAAGAUUAUCAGCUCUCUACAAAAAGCAAAACCUUAAAUCUUCAUGGAGUUUUCAUCCUGUAUCUUUGUUCCCCACAAAAGCAACCAGUUUAUACAAACUAUGGCUCCAUAUCGGUUCGCUUACUAAUGAUCUCUCAAAUUUUACAUCUGUUCUAUUAAGAAGGAAUGAAAUAUCUCACCAUCAUGUCCCUUUGGAUAUUGUGAAGGUAGCCAUCAUUGUAACUAAGAGCGUUAUUAUGGAAGUAGAGAGCUAUAGAAAAUCCCUCAAUACGUUUCUUACUGCUCCUAUGCAAACAGUGGGAAUGAUGCAUUUAUUUAAUCUUAGUGAUGUCCACGAGUCCAUCAGUCGUAUUUGGCAUGAACUCUUUAGCUGUACAGAUCCUAAUGAGGCUCACACAAUGUUAUCCACUGUGAUCCGUGCUUACAAAAAACAUAACUUAGAUAUUCCAACUGUUGAAGAUACACCUUUUACCCGUCUGCCUACCGAAUGGAAAAAUAAUGCAAAAUCUGCAUACCUAAAGUAUAAAUUAGACUUCGCAUUUUCAAGUAAUAAAGACAACAACAAUAUUGAAUUCUCACAGUACAAUGAAAAGGUGUUGUAUGAUCCUCUAAGUUAUGAAGAGUACUCGAAAUUGUUUGGUGUAAUUAAAAAUUUUCUAGAUUUUACUGAUCUCUUCCUGGAGACUUCGAAUUUAUAUGUCAAGAUACUUUUCUUUCUUCACAAGAAAAUAGAGCUUAGUCAAAAUAUAGAAACCCGACUGAAACAAACAUUUUCCAAUAUACUUACUGAUUCAAAUGUCAAUUUUGUUGUGAUACAAGGUGGUAAUCGUAUUAUGAAAGAUAAAUAUAAUCAAGUUGCUUCAGAUCAAUUGGAUCGCAAUCUUUUGCCAUCUCUUAAACAACGGGAUAUUAUAGACAUUAUGCAAAAAGUCGUAGCUGACUUAAAUCCAGAAAUAUCAGACGAAGUGGAUAUAGUUGAAAAACCAGGAAAUCAAGGGGAUUUAUCUGCAUAUUACAUUAUGCCUGGUGGACAUAGAAAGAAGGAGGAGAAACGUGUCAGGAAACUUGAACAAAAUUAUCACUUUACUUUCCACUGAAUAAAAGAAAUAUAGUAACAUUGAUUUAUGGCAUAAAAUUGUAUCUCAUCAAUAAUCUUUUAGCCACCAAUACUCUUUCAAUCUAUUUUUCCCAGUUUGUUUUUUUCCUGUAUAAUAUAAUAUUUACAUUUGUUGGGUCAGUUUUUAAUACUAUAUGCUACUGUUGUUGCUAACAGUUAAUCUGAAUGUGGAUUUAUGUUGACUUCUUUUUUUUAAAAUUUGUUGUAUUUUCUUUGUCAUACAAAUACAUUCUUCCUCCUUAAUAAUCUCGUCGUAUUCGUCUCAAUUUUCUUUUCCAAGCUCAUCAAUCAUCACAACUCUCAGUUGGCCAUUUUCUUCAAAUGAUAUAUUCCUAUUAGUGCAUCUAUCAUUUGUAUGUGUGAAUAUGUAUGGUCUCUGUGAAAUGUUGAGUUCAAUGUCCUUUCCUAAGAACUAUCAUUAUUUUUUUGAAAACUUAAUCAAUAUACUGUUCAAAACAUUGUAUUUUUUCUCAACCAAGUAAUGAAGUAAAUUUAUAUAUCUAAUCAGAUUCAUUCACUUUUUCACUAAGCAGCAUUCUAACUAGUGUUCCUGGUUAACGACCACUAUAGACCUAACCGACUCGUGCUUAAUUUAGUACUGUAGUAAUAUGCAUUCGAUAAAUUACUGUUUUGUGUUUACUAUAAUAUAAACCUGUUUGUAAGAUUAUAGCUUUGUACUUCAGUCUGUAUAUAGUUUCGUUCAUACUCUAUCAAUUUGAUGCAAUAUUGAGUACAUACAAAAACUUAGGAAUGUUUUAAUUGUGAAAAUGACUACUUCUUUGUUGAUUAUGUGUGUAAAGUAAGUGCAAUCCACUUAUUAAUUUAUUUUUGCGGCAGAGCUAUGAUGGUUGUCGCCAAUUCAGGCUAGACUAUUG